GCAUUAUUGCUACAUUUUUCCCAAAUGAAAAUUAUUACUUCCUACGCAGUAAAUUCAAGCUGCAAACUCAAUUUAAUAUGUUCAUCAUUGUCUCGAAUCUUCUCACCCACGGAUGCUUAUAACAAAAUUACUCCCACUGAUUGCGUUGAGCCAUGCAUGAUGCACGAAUUAGGCACCUUUUUAUUUUUUUCCUCUCCAUAAUGCCCUGCUCAUGCGUACAGACUUUUAUAGAGAGAACCCGGAGAACGCACCGGUCGAGGCGAGCGGCCGACCGGUUUCAUUCCUUUUGCCUUUGAGACACCGCCUGCCGCUCCGCUGAAAACAAUAUUCGAAAUUUGAAUCAGUCCGCAGCGUGUAUUGUUCGACGAAGGACGUGUGCUGCUACGAACAAUUUAUUUCUAAAACUUUACGAUAGUGCUCAGUGUUAACAUAACUGAAGAGUUUUUAAUAUGAGAGGAAAUAUUUCUGUUCUAUUAAGUUUGGUUACUGUGACAUUAUGAUGGGGAGGAUUUUGUGCGUUUUUCUUCUGGUCUGGAUGUUCGCUGCUGGCCAGGAGGAGGCGGACGGUGGGAAGUGCGAGAGGAUCCAGCUGUCCCAGUGCCAGGAUCUGGGGUACAACUGGACCGCUAUGCCCAAUCUCAUUGGACAUAGAGAUCAAAAGGAAGCAGAAGAAGCGAUGACAGCUUUCGCGAGCAUCCUCUCAAGCGAAUGUUCGGUGCACGCUCGCUUCCUGCUCUGUUCGGCCUUCGCGCCCCUGUGCUCCGAGCAGGUGUCGGGCUCCGUGAGCGCCUGCCGAGCGCUCUGCGAAAAGGUCGUCGAAGACUGUAGGAAGGAGAUCAAAGAACUGCCCAACAGCGUCAUGCUUGACUGCUCAGCGUUCCCACUCCGUCCUGACAGGAGACUUUGUAUGAGACCCCCCAACGCAAGCGAGGAGCCAGAACCUCCCCCACUUCCCCGUUGGCCAUUUCACGAACAAGAACCGAGAGAGCACGGAUGUCCACCGGCGCAUUCCAGAUCGCCGACCGGCGAGUGUUGGCCCGCCUGCGGUCAACAUGCAAGAUACACCCAAUCGAGCAAGAGAACAGCGGAAAUAUGGAUGCUGACACUUGCGUGGUUCUCUUUACUUUCCACCUCCAUCGCACUGCUCACAUUCUGCGCUGAGCCGUCCAGAUAUCGAUAUCCAGAAAGACCAAUGGUAUGGAUGGCUGCGUGCCACGCCAUCGUCGCCCUCGCGCACGUGACUAGAGGCUGGGUGGGAUCGAAGACGGUCUCCUGUGCAGGUACAACGCUAGCUGUAGAUGGAUUAGCAUCACCGACAUGCGUCGCAUUCUUUUCUCUAACCUAUUACUUCACGCUGGCCGCUGAUGCGUGGUUCGCGAACGCGUGCGUCGCCUGGUAUUUGACAGCUGCGAGCGAGUGGUCAACUGAAGCUCUAGAACGCGCAGCAGCAUAUUUACACGCUGUGGCUUGGGGCUGGGCAGGCGCAUGGACUGCAGCGGCUUUAGCGCUUAGACGUGUGACUGCUGACGAGUUGUCUGGCACUUGUGGUGUGUCUGACGCAGCGGCUGCAGCGCUGAUAGGUGUCCCGAGAGGCGCCUUGCUCAUAACUUCAAUAGCCUUGGCUAUCGGCGCCUGUCCGGGUAUAAUGAGAGUGCGCCGUGCGCUGGAUUCGAGAGGAGCGAAGCGGGUUGGGAGAUUAGCCGCUCGAGCUGCCGCAGGUGGUUUGCUCUAUAUGUUUCUGGCUGCGUUUGCGACUGGAGCACGGGUUGUUGAAGCCAGGAACAGAGAAGCGCAAACUAACUUGGCGUUGUUGGCGGCUUUAGAAGCCGGAAGCAUUGAGGAUACGGCGGGAUCGCGCGGUGUGUCGGUGUGUUUGUGGCUGUCGUGUGGAAUCGCCGCAGGAGCUUGGGCGUGGUCGAAAAAAUCUGCCAUCGUGUGGAGAAAGUCCCUGUGUCCACCCCGCAAGGCCCCUUGCUGUGCGCCUCCCUUACUGAGACCCCAUCAUCCAUACUACAAAAGACCUCUCUAUGUAUCUAGAGUAUGAUGAAUAUGUGUUUCCGUUUCGUACUGAUUAUCUGACUUUUCCGUGUACUAUGUCUCAAAGACUAAAGUUUUAAGAUAAGUGCCUAAAUAUAUGCCUUCUGUGAAGGCGCUCUCGUAUGUACUAGUUAUAAAUGUGUAAAUAUUGUACAUUUAAAUGGUUUAAUUAUACUGUUGAUUUUUAUAUAAA